GUUCGGCCCCACUCAGCCAGGCGGCCAUCGAGCUUCGACCGGCCACGUUCGCUCCAGUCCCCGCCAUCAGCCGGCGGCGACGUUUAGUUUGCGUCGCGAAUUAUGGUCGGGGUCUUGUGUCACGAGCGUCCCCCCACCAAUUGAACUUGCAUUUAAUAUCCUCCAGACGGGCCAGCAACAGCUCGGGAUUCCGCUCUCAGUCCACCCCUCCUUUGCGGGUCAGCCAACACUGGUGUCUAGUUUGCGGCUCUGCGUAGGCAGAAGGCCAAGCCCCUUAAGAAGAAUAACUAGUCUGCAAUAGCUUCUCCUGACGGCCCUACGUCUGUGUCUGGGCGUUUCGGUGCUCGUCAAACAUUUUACUAGUUGGACGUGCUUGGCCCGUAACCGUCCGCCGCCGUUUCUACCCGUGUCUGAUGUCGCUUCUCUGCCCAAGCCGUCCCCGUUCCAAUCCCACAUCUUUCUGCCCUUCACAAUGAACCAUCGAGAUGAGUUCUAGGAGACCAAAUCAGCGGCCCGGCGCCGGCUGGACCGAAUGGACCUGGUCACAGGAGCACCAGCAGUAUUUUAGGCAGAGGCUCGACCCCCAAGGCAACGUGGUAGAAUAUGACUAUUCGCAGACGACCCCGCGCGGGAAUACAGUCAACGAUCUUACCGCCGGGUUUUCUGGCGUUUCCAUACACGAUCCAUACGAUCAGGAUGCAUCGUUCACCCAGGACGCAGCCCAUGGCGGAAACGAGGCUUACACAUAUGGGCCGACCAUUGCAGGAGAUUCAACCCAGGCAUAUGCAGCCGCCCCCUGGCAGGACCAAGCCACAUCCUCGUCAAGGAGCAAAGGAAAUUCUCUUGAUGCGUCCACCAAGCCCAGGCCGAAAAACAAUCGAGAAAAGAAUAGAGAUGGGACAAAGGACAAGGGACUCUUGCCCAAGAAACCUCGCUCAAAGCCUGGAAAGGGUCAGGGCAGUGACCAAUAUGUCGAUUUAUCUCCUGAUCCCUUCUAUUCACAUUCACAGCAACCAAGAGCGAAGCCCACCGUCACGUCUGGCUCCGGGAAUUUGGAGCCAUCCAGCGAGUACUCAACGGGUUUUCAGUAUCCAGAGUCCCCGUAUGGGCUCCCUGAAAGUGCCUCCGGGUUUGAGACCGGCUCUGCUGCUCUCCCUCAAUCCUCUAUAGGGUAUCAGGAUAACUACGGCAGCGCGCAUGUCGACGAACCAUACCCGGUGCAACUCUCAGUCGGUGGCGACGAAAUAAAGUACCCUUAUCACGGGGAACAAUACCCCCAGACCAGCCACACUGACGCCCAGCAGUCAACCCCAGAAGACCCUCAGCCGGGGAGCUACACGGCAAAAGAAGCAAUAAUUGAAGACCAGGCAUCUGCCUCUUCAUAUAAUACAACCCAGGAACCCUCUGCAGACCAGGAAUCUACAACCGAGUCCGAAUAUGAUGCGGAACAGCCUAGCGGGUAUGAAGUUGGCGGUGCCUACACCCAUGAAGAGUCUUCCUCGAUGGCGACAUCCUACGACUAUGGAACAUAUCCAGGAUACGAAGAAGACACCGGCCAAACAACACCCAGAGCGUCCAGUCCAGUUGGCGGGGUCGCCAAUACCUAUCGAUAUGCAGCGAACCCUACUACUGGCAACCCUGGAUUUUGGCAGGAGGCGGAGUUGGACGACCGUUAUGUAGUGGAGCCGUCCUCCAAAUUCGCACCGGGAGAGGUAUUUAAAGUUCUUUGGACAGAGCCUCUAGGUGCCGGCCGAAAUGAGAAUAUGACAGAUGUUGAAGUACGUUCUGUCAUGGGGCAAAGAUUCUAUCACGGUUUCCGGCGCUUCAUUGUAGUCGCAAAUGACGAAGGGCAUUGCACCUGCAUUCCAAUCUUGACGUAUGAACGCAGGGCAUGUACUAAACGGGGUGUAAAACCCCAGAAACAUGGCGUUGUUUAUGAUGUUCGAGCCAGGCCCCGGAUGCUCGAGGGAGAGCCACAGCUGGGGUUUGAUCCCGUGCAAUUGGAGUUAUACUACGGAACUGAGAGUCUUGCGAAAGAGUCUCGCGUCAACUAUUCCAAGCUUGUGACGGUGGAGCACAACAUCAAAGUCUUCUUUAUAGGUCGCAUUGUCCCCGAUGACUUUAGCGCUGUCACGGCAGCCGUUGACAAGUGCUGGACCGACAAGAACCGCCAAGGAACGGAGCAGCAGCCGCAUCAUCGUAGCAGCAGGCACCACAACAAUAAUCAUCGUCGCCGAUAGAUUAUAUUCUCGACUGACGCCGUCAGCAGUUCUAUGCAUUCGGCCAAAGCGAACCCAUAACGUUUAACGCCUUGUGCAAUGCCACGAGGAAGCAUGUCGUGGACGUGUCUGGUUAAAGGCCAGCGAACUAUGUCCCAAAAUAUACGUUGAUACCUCGAGCUCUCGCCUCUACGCGGCAGAGAUCCGUGGCUCUUUGACCAACCCUUCUC